UGACCGUUCAAAAGUUCAAACAACUUGUUUGUAAUUUUUAAAUAACCAGGCGUGGCCCUUUGAUCUGUUUGAAUGAUUGAAUCGAAUAUCUUUAGUUUAUAAAUUAAAAAUACGGCAGUGAUUGUAAAAUAUGGUUUUAAUUUUACAAGUUACAUGACCUAUAUAAGUGAGUCUUUGUCGUUUAUGUUAUACGAAGAAUAGGGUGUGAACUCAGUGUUUAGAAACAACUACAAGCGAUUACAAUGUACGGAAAGAAAGCACCAUCGACGUACCGAUCGACACCAUCAGUAUACUCGCAUUAUACUGGAAAGUCCUCCACAAAUCUCCGUUCUUCAAAAUCAGUGAAAUCCCUUCGAGUGCCAUGGUAUCAGAAGCCAAUCCUUCAUGAUGCUUUUGUUUUGGAUCUACAGCGAGGCUCUCUGCUUACAGGCUUUUUUUCUGUGUUUAUGGCCAUAUUUACGUUUGCACAAAGCAUCUUCGAUCUAUACUGCCUCGGCAUGGCGGCCCCGGGCUCUGUACACUAUGGGUAUUAUGUUAUGAGCUACCAGUUUGUGUAUGUUGGUAGUGCGCCUGUGCGUAACGUCCUCAUAGUGUUUGCACUGUUUUCCUGGAUUGGGUCUGUGGCUGUGCUUGUUACAAGCAUUCUUCUUAUUGUUGCGUUACGUAAGGAAUAUGAGAAGAAAAUAGUCCCCUGGCUGUACACAUUUGGAGUCUUUAUUCUCUUCCGUCUGGUUGCGUUUCUCUUUGCCUCCAUAGUGAAUGAUAUGAUAUUUGCAUACAAUAUAUUGAUGUGCCUGUGUUGGAUAGUGUUUUGUGUGUGCGGUAGCUACGGGUGGGUACUGGUGUACAGCUUGUAUCUGGAGUUGUCUGAUUUGACGAAACUAGAGGAUUUGGCGCAUUUGCGGAUGGGUACAAUGGCGUCUCUAAACGCAUCUCUAGCCGGGUCCAGACCGACCACACCCCACUCUACAGUAUCUACUAUGCCGGCUUCACAAAUAUGAUAUUCUGACACCAAGACAACCCUCGAAGAAACGGAGGCCAUGUUACAUGAAAAUAAUGAGGGUAGUCUUGAAACUCCGGUGUGAAAAUAUCGAGAGUAUAUAAAACAGAAUAUAUAACAACAAACAGAAUAUAUAUAAAAUAGACAUUAAGCCAGAUUCGCAAAAUUUAAUGAAGGUAGUUUAAAAAUUGUACCGUAAACAAGCGUAGAGCAUUUUUUCGUUGUUCUUAGUGCGUUCGAAAAGAUUCUAUGCAAUGUUCUAAU